AUGCCACACGCCACCAACAUGCCCUACGCUGGCUUCCAGGCCUUCAUUCUGUGCGGGCCUGGCCUGUCGCUCAACACCUUCACCUCGAAUGUCGCAGACUAUCCCAAGGCUCUAGUGCCAAUCGCUAACCGUCCUAUGGUCUGGUACCCUCUGGAUUGGUGUUACCGUAUGGGCGUCACAAACAUUACUCUGAUCACACCACCCGAGAGCGCUGCUCCUUUGGAAUCCGCCCUCGCCCAAAAUCCUCACCUCACCAGCCUUCCUGCUCCCAAGCCAGAACUGCUCUGCCCCAAGGACUUGACUCAAACCACCGGAACCGCCGAAAUUUUCCGUACUCCUGAAGUUCAGAAAGCCAUCGUCUCUGACUUCAUCAUUCUGCCCUGUGAUCUGAUCUGCGAGCUCGAGGGUUCCGCUCUGUUGCAAUCAUGGAUGGUGCUCGAGGCUGGUCUUGGAGGCGCCACUGGUGGUAUGGUUGAUGGCCAGCCUGUACCAAUGACAAUUGGUGGUGAAAAGAGCGGUCGCAGAGGAGGUCUUGCUGUGUGGUAUCCCACAAAAGGUCUUGAAGGCGUCAGCCAGAAAGGCGACGAGACUGACUUGGUUGCGACAACCCCUCUACCACGCCCUGCUGUUCCUGCUCCGGAAGGUCACCUCCGACCUCAUGUCGAAAAGCUCGUCUUGAGCAUUCCCACCAGUACUGUCAAGGAUAUCACAGAAGAACAAAAGAGCUUCCCUCUACGUCACGCCCUACUACGCCAGCACGGAAAGGUCAAGAUUAAGACUUCGCACAGAGAUGCCCAUGUUUACUUCCUUCCUUUCUGGGUUAAAGACAUGAUCAAGGAGAACGAGGCUUUCGACUCAUUAUCGGAGGAUGUUAUCGGAUGGUGGGCAAAGGCUGGCUGGCAGCAGGGUUUGGCUGACAAGUUGAAUCUGCGCAAAGUUCUGAGUGACGCACCUUCCACGCAAGACGCUGAUGACUUGAUGAUGGCGAGCAGUAUGCAACUCGACGAAGAGGUCGACUUGGUUGCUAUGAGCACAACAUCCAUGACACAGCCUCCUUCAUCUGCAUUCAAGCGCUCACCAGAAACCUUUGCAUCGCGUGUGCCUGGAAACCUACAACCAGACGACGAGCCCCAGGAUCCCUUAAUGGUCCCUCCUAUUCUCGCUUAUGUCCAGCCUCCUGUUACUGAACCUACUACUCAACCCCUCAUUCGUCGCGUCGACACUUCCUCCCUCCUCCUCAGCAUCUCACUCCGCCUCGCAAAACUACCGUCUGUGGCAGAAGCUACAGCCACUGGCACUACACCAUCACCGUUUGCACACACCGCAAAGGUCGCACAUCCAGACAUGAUUCAACAGCAAACAAGAGUCAGCGAGAUUGAUUCUCUGGUGGCCGAGAACGUCACAAUUGGCAGCAGAGUCAACAUCAAAGAGUCCGUCAUUGGUGUUGGUUGCAGUAUUGGCAAUGGUGCAAGAUUGACAAGGUGUUUGCUCAUGGAAGGAUGUACAGUUGGCGAGAACGUGACACUCACCGGCUGCAUCGUGGGCAAGAGGUGUAAGAUCGAGGGAGGCGGUCCCAAGGAUGAGGACAAGACUCGUCUAACGGAUUGUGAGGUUCAACCUGGCUAUGUUGUCAAGUGGGGAACUGAGAUCAAGAACGAAAAGUUCAUGGUGUUCGAGGGUCUUGGUGAGGACGGUAGUGAUAUGGAUAUGGAUGAUGAUGAUAUGGCAUCGGGAGAUGACGACGGUACAUUUGCAUAA